CUUUGCAUCCCACGAGCCGAGCGCAGGGCCAUGAGUUACAGACAGUCCUCAUCCUACUACAGCCGCAGCAGCCUCGGUGGCGGCGGGGGCGGCGGCAGCAGCAAGUCUUCCUGCAGCCGUUUCAGCUCCUCGGGCGGUGGUGGAGGAGGGGGCCGAUUCAGCUCUUCCAGUGGCUAUGGCGGGGGGAGCUCUCGUGUCUGUGGGAGGGGAGGUGGCAGCAGUUUUGGCUCCAGCUAUGGUGGAGGAUCCGGGGGUGGGUUUAGUUCUAGUAGCUACAGCUUAGGGGGUGGUUCCAGAGGUUUUGCUUCUGGUGGAUGCUUUGGUGGGUCUGGAGGCUUUGGGGGUGGCUUCGGCGGUGGUUCUGGAGGUGGCUUUGGUGGUGGGUCUGGGGGCUUUGGAGGUAGCUAUGGCGGGUCUGGGGGUGGCUAUGGUGGCAGUGAUGGUGGUAUUCUGACCACAAAUGAGAAGGCCACCAUGCAGGAGCUCAAUUCCCGUCUGGCCUCCUACUUGGAUAAUGUGCAGGCUCUAGAGGAUGCUAACCGUAACCUGGAGGGUAAGAUUCAAGAGUGGUAUCAAAACAAGGGGCCCUCUGCACACCGGAAGGACUACUCUCCUUACUAUGACACUAUCGAUGAUCUCCAGAAACAGAUUGUGGACUUGACCGUGGGCAACAACAAAACUCUCCUGGACAUUGACAACACUCGCAUGACGCUGGAUGACUUCAGGCUAAAGUUUGAGAUGGAGCAAAACCUGCGGCAAGGGGUGGAAGCCGACAUCAACGGCCUGCGGCAGGUGCUGGACAACCUGACCAUGGAGAAGUCUGACUUGGAGAUGCAGUAUGAGACCCUGCAGGAGGAGCUACAGUCCCUCAGGAAGAAUCAUCAGGAGGAAAUGAGCCAGCUGACUGGGCAGAAUGAUGGGGAUGUGAAUGUGGAGAUAAAUGUUGCUCCUGGCAAAGAUCUCACCAAGAUCCUCAAUGACAUGCGCCAGGACUACGAACAGCUCAUUGCUAAGAACCGAAAGGAUAUCGAGCAACAGUAUGAGACUCAGAUUACCCAGAUUGAGCAGGAAGUGACAAGUAGUGGCCAGGAGAUGGAGUCCAACACCAAGGAGGUGACUCAGCUUCGGCAUGGUAUGCAGGAGUUGGAGAUCGAACUGCAGUCUCAGCUCAGCAAGAAAGCAGCCCUGGAGCAUUCCUUGGAAGAAACGAAGAACCGCUACUGUGCCCAGCUUCAGCAAAUCCAGCAUCAGAUCAGUGAUCUGGAGAACCAGAUCACUGCUACUCGGCAAGAGAUUGAGUGCCAGAAUCAGGAAUACAGCCUUCUGCUCAGCGUCAAGACGCGGCUGGAGCAAGAAAUUAAGACCUACCGCAGCCUCCUUGAGGGUGGCCAGGAAGACUUUGAAUCUUCUGGAGCUAAACAAAUUGGCCUUGGAGGUGGCCAAGGAAGUCGAGGAGGAAGUGGAUCUCGAGGUGGAAGUGGAUCUCGAGGUGGAAGUGGAGGCAGUUCUGGAAGAGGAAGUGGUUCUGGAGGAGGCAGCUAUGGUGGAGGAAGUAGUUCUGGAGGAGGAAGUGGUGGUGGUUAUGGUGGAGGAAGUAGCUCUGGAGGAGGAAGUGGUGGUGGUUAUGGUGGAGGAAGUAGCUCUGGAGGAGGAAGUGGAGGAAGCUAUGGUGGAGGAAUCUCUGGAGGAGGAAGUGGAGGAAGCCAUGGUGGAGGAAGUGGUUCUGGAGGAGGAAGUGGAGGUAGCUAUGGUGGAGGAAGUGGUUCUGGAGGAGGAAGUGGAGGUAGCUAUGGUGGAGGAAGUGGUUCUGGAGGUGAAAGUGGAGGCAGCUAUGGAGGAGGAGGUUCAGCCAAAGGUGGAAGUGGAGGCAGCUAUGGUGGAGGAAGUGGUUCUGGAGGUGAAAGUGGAGGCAGCUAUGGAGGAGGAGGUGCAGCCAAAGGUGGAAGUGGUGGAAGAUCGUCCUCUUCCUCAAGACCUGGUGACUAUGAUGACACAAAAGGUUACCACAUGCGAUACUAGAGCCUCUGUGAACUUUCCCUGCCCAGCCCCAGCUGAGCUUCCCCCAGAUGGCAGACCCCAGAUGAAGCCUGUUUAUUGCAUCCUGACAUCAGGAAUAGCUGUCAAUGAGCCCUGGUGCCCAUUUGGGACUGGACUGAC